AUAUACAGUGAUUAUGGCAUUUGUAUUAAAAAAGCCAGUGACGUGUUUCUGCGUUUGAGCAACAACUCGCGAGUCACUCAAGGUUCUAUAAAGAUAUCACGGGUAUGCAUUGCUAAGUUCUCCAUCAAAGCAGAUAUUCCACAAGAAGAAGAGGAAAUUGAAAAGUUGAAAGCACCAGUAGGGAAUGGUAAAGUAUUUAAGAAUGUAGAGGAAGCUGUAUCUGAUGUGCAUAAUGGAGCCAAGCUGUUGGUCGGUGGAUUCGGUCUUUGUGGCAUCCCAGAGAAUCUAAUAUCAGCCAUAUUAAACAAGGGUACUAAAGAUCUAACUGUAGUUUCGAACAAUGCUGGCGUAGAGGACUUUGGAUUAGGUUUAUUGCUGAAAGCACAUAGAAUCAAGAGGAUGAUUGCUUCAUAUGUGGGUGAAAAUCCUGAAUUUGAGAGGCAGUAUCUCAGCGGUCAGUUGGAAGUUGAAUUAACACCACAGGGCACUUUGGCGGAACGUGUGAGAGCAGGUGGUGCUGGUAUUCCUGCUUUUUACACUCCCACGGCUUUCGGCACUAUUGUGCAAGAGGGCAACGUUAUCCUAAAGUACGACAAGGAUGGUAAUGCUGAAAUCUCGGGCGAGCCGAGAAACGUCAACCAAUUCGAUGGACGAAAUUACGUCCUGGAGACUGCGAUAACUGGCGACUUUGCGCUGGUGAAGGCGUGGAAGGCUGACACCGCGGGGAAUCUGGUCUUCCGAAAGUCCGCCAGGAAUUUCAACCCUGUGAUGUGCAAAGCAGCCAAGGUGUCCAUCGUCGAGGUGGAAGAAAUCGUAGAAAUCGGCCAAUUAGAUCCCGAUCAGAUACAUUUGCCCGGCAUUUUCGUGGAUAGAAUCAUAAAAGGACCCUCUUUCGAGAAACGAAUCGAGAAACGAUCAACGAGACAAACUAUGAAGCCCAAGAAAGUGACUCCAGCUAGCAAAGCGAGAGAUAGGAUUAUCAAACGCGCUGCCCUCGAAUUUAAAGAUGGAAUGUAUGCCAACUUGGGAAUUGGUAUACCUAUGCUUGCUAGUAACUACAUCCCGAAAGGUGUGAAAGUGACGUUGCAAUCAGAGAACGGUAUUCUUGGAUUGGGUCCUGUCCCGGAGACCGAGAACGAUGUCGAUCCCGAUCUUAUCAAUGCUGGAAAGGAAACUGUAACGGUGCUGCCUGGUGCAGCUUACUUUGGCAGUGAUGAAAGCUUUGGCAUGAUCCGAGGAGGACAUAUUGAUUUGACUAUUCUUGGAGGCAUGCAAGUAUCGGAGAAUGGAGAUUUGGCCAACUGGAUGAUACCAGGUAUGAUGGUGAAAGGCAUGGGUGGUGCUAUGGAUCUGGUAUCUUCACCAAAUACGAAGGUAGUGAUAACUAUGGAGCACAAAGCCCGAGACGGAAGCCCGAAAAUUUUGAAGAAUUGUACUUUGCCUGUCACAGGUCAACAAUGCGUAAACUUAAUUAUCACGGAUCUGGGAGUAUUUGAAGUCGUGCCAGGAGAAGGAUUGAAACUUAUUGAAAUUGCGGCUAAUAUCGAUAUUAGUGAAAUUGUCAGUUCGACGGGUUGCGAAUUUAGUGUUGCCGAUGAUUUGAAAGAGAUGGGACAAGUUGAAGUUGAUGAGUCAUGAUGUAUGGUAGUACCUCAUGUAAUAUAAUGUAACAUCAGAUAAUUGUUAUGACUAAAUGUAAGUAUCUGUUAUUAUGUUAAUUAUAUUUUAUUGUACACGAGAGAUUUAAAUAUUUGUUUUUAAAAUGUACAUAUGGUCUUCUUUUCAAUUGAAAAUUACGAAAACGAUUUAUAUGUACGAUGUGUGCUUUUAUGACAAAGUCAUACAUAUGCUGUAUCAUAAUUA